CAUGGGCCAUGUCCAGAGUGUCGCCUACUGCAGUUCAGAUAAGCGUGAUAUCUCUCUUAAACCUUCUGGUUCCCCAUUAUGGGGGGCAGGCCAUUUAAAGACACUAGUCUCUUGCCAUGGGGGACUGGAACUUACUGGGUGGCAUCCUAGAGGAAGUCCAUUCCCAUUCAACUAUAGUGGGGAAAAUCUGGCUGACCAUCCUCUUCAUUUUCCGAAUGCUGGUCCUUGGUGUGGCUGCCGAAGAUGUCUGGGAUGACGAACAGUCAGCCUUUGUUUGCAAUACCCAGCAGCCAGGUUGCAGUAAUGUUUGUUACGAUGAUGCUUUCCCCAUCUCUCUGAUCAGGUUCUGGGUUUUGCAAAUCAUCUUCGUGUCUUCCCCUUCUCUGGUGUAUAUGGGCCAUGCACUUUACAGACUCAGGACCUUUGAAAAGGAGAGACAGAAGAAAAAGGCCCACCUGAGAGCCCACCUGGAGGAUCCUGAGCUGGAGUGGGAGGAGCAGCAGAGAAUUGAGAGAGAGCUGAGACGGCUAGAGGAGCACAGGCGGGUCCAUAAAGUCCCUCUGAGGGGAUGUCUGCUGAGAACUUACAUUCUGCAUGUUUUGACCAGAUCUGUGCUGGAAGUAGGCUUCAUGAUAGGCCAAUAUAUUCUUUAUGGAUUUCAAAUGAACCCCCUUUACAAAUGCACUCAACCUCCUUGUCCCAAUGCAGUGGACUGCUUUGUAUCCAGGCCCACAGAGAAAACCAUUUUCAUGUUCUUUAUGCAAAGUAUCGCGGCUGUCUCUUUGUUUCUGAAUGGACUGGAAAUAUUUCACCUGGGAAUCAGGAAAAUUAUAAGGGCAGUUCAUGAAAAACCCGGUGGUGAAAGCACGGAGGCUGAAAAGGGGCUUGAUUUGGAAAAGUAUCCGGUGGUCCAGCCAUGUAUGGUUUGCUCUUCGUUGCAUGAAAGAAGCUCCCUGCUUCAAGCCAACAACCAACAGCAUCCCCUCCAAGCCAGUGUACCAAAGUUUCACACGAUGCGGCAAAUCCCACAGCCCAGGCAAUUCGAGGUGGACGCUUGCUAUAGUGAAAAAGACUGUGCUGAGAAGGAUCAGCACAGUGGACAGCUCCACGUCCACGAGCCAGGUCUGUGGACCCACAGAGCUGCCCUUCAGCACCCGGGACAGCAUCCAGGCAAGUCCUUUGGGCCACAGAACACAAAGUGCCAUUCCUGGUUGCUUACCACUGCCCUUCCCAGACAGGGGGCAUCAUAUGCAUCAGGACCCUGGGAGCAAGCCCAGGACCAGCAUAUGGCAGGAGAGUCUCUCACAGAUGCGCAAAGUUUCUGCAGAGAUAGUGAGGGCAGCGUGAGGGAGAGUGGGGUCUGGAUGGAUCGAUCGUGCCCGGCCAGUCGUAAGGCCAGCUUUCUUUCCAGAGUGAUGUCUGAAAAGGGACAGCUGCACAGCGACUCAGGAAGCUCUGGUUCUCAGAAGAACUCUUGCAUAGACUCACCGUACCUAGACAACAGUCCCUCGUUCCUGCCUUCAGCUACUGGACGCCGGAGAUCAAUGAACAUGCUUCUAGAACUUUCAUCUAUUAUGAAAAAAUAACGCAGACCUUGGAGGAGGAAAACAGACCCAGGAACAGGUGGCAUCCCUGGGAGAAGC